UUAUGUUAAUUCCAUCUUUGCUUAUUAUAUCAAUCGGGCUGAUUAACGUUGGAGCCAUUACUUACGAGCCUACGUAUCUAUACCAUUUUUGCGAAAACAAGACCAAUGCCACCUCAAACAGCGUCUAUCUAUCCAAUCGCAACACCCUUUUCGCUUCGCUCUCAGCCUUCGCGUCCCACGAAUUCCAGAAAAACACGACCAUCGCUGCCGGAGACCUCUCUGACGCCCUUUACGCGCAAGUUUUCUGCCGUGGAGACGUCAACGUCACCUACUGCCACGACUGCAUGAGGUUCGCCAUCAAGGAUGUCAAGGAGCGCUGCCCGGGGGUCAUCAGAAAGGCCAUGAUAUGGUACGACCAGUGCCAGCUGCAGUAUUCCGACUACCCCUCCUUCUUGGGCACCGUGGCUACAAGGCCCGGCGUAUAUCUUUUGAACACGGCGAACGUCACUGAUAAAAACCGGUUUACCCGGGUGCUGAACAACACCAUGAAGGAGGCGGCUGUGGAGGCUGCGAGAGGUGGGCUCGGGGAAAAGAAGUUCGCAACGAGAGAUGCAAACUUAAAUGGGUUCCAGACUCUGUUCAACUUGGCGCAGUGCACGCCGGACCUGUCGGGUGAGGACUGUGGUACGUGUCUAACGGAAGCCAUAGGAAGACUUCCCGUGUGCUGCGAUGGGAAGUUAGGGGGAAGAGUUCCGUUCCCCAGUUGUCAUAUUAGGUACGAAGUCUACCCCUUCUACACCGUUUCCGCAACGUCUGUGACACCUAGUGCGGCACCGCCCGUAAAUAUGACCCUUCAGGUACCGCCAGGUUUCGUAGGGAGGUCGAAAGGAAAGAAAAGAGUAUCGUCGGUGAUCAUUAUUGUUGCCAGUGUAGUCCCCGUUCUUGUCACUGCAUUGCUAGUUGCCACAGGUUACUACUUUCGCAUAAGAGCCAGAAAGAAGCACAAUGCUCAAAUUGAGCAAGACAAUGGUGAAGAUAUGUCCUUGCAGUUCGAUUUUAAAACUAUCGAAACCGCCACAAGCAAGUUUUCUGAUGAUAACGUGUUAGGAGAAGGUGGAUUUGGUAAAGUUUACAAGGGAAAGCUUCAAGAUGGACGAGAAAUAGCUGUCAAGAGGUUAUCCAAAAGCUCUGGACAAGGUGCAACCGAAUUUAAGAAUGAGGUUGUACUGGUAGCCAAGCUUCAACACAGAAAUCUUGUGAGGCUUUUGGGAUUUUGCUUGGAAGGAGAUGAAAAGAUACUUGUCUAUGAAUACGUGCCCAACAAAAGCCUUGAUUAUUUUCUAUUCGAUGCAGAAAAAAAAGGUCAGAUGAAAUGGUCAACAAGAUGUAACAUAAUCGAAGGAAUUGUUCGGGGAAUUUUAUAUCUGCAUGAGGAUUCCAGGCUAAGGAUUAUACAUCGUGAUCUCAAAGCAAGCAACAUCUUGUUAGAUAAAAAUAUGAAUCCGAAAGUAUCGGAUUUUGGCAUGGCAAAAAUGUUUGGAGAAAACGAACCUCAAGGAAACACUAAAAGUGUCGUUGGAACUUAUGGUUACAUGGCUCCGGAAUAUGCAAUGGAAGGAUUAUAUUCUGUAAAGUCGGAUGUUUUUAGUUUUGGAGUGCUCUUGCUUGAGAUUCUAAGUGGGAGAAAGAACACUAGCUUUCAAAUAACAGAUUCUGCGAUAAGCCUUGUAGCACAUGCGUGGCAGUUAUGGAAUGAAGGGAUAGCGUUGGACUUGGUGGAUCCAUGUUUGAGAUCAGAUUGUCAUCCAAAUGAAGUUUUGAGAUACAUCCAAAUUGGAUUAUUAUGCGUUCAAGAAGACCCAUUAUUAAGGCCUAUCAUGUCAUCAAUUGUUCUAAUGCUGAAAACUGAAUCUCAAAGUCUUUCCCAACCUGAACGACCAGCCUUUAUUACCGGCAGAUAUACUAGCCACCAUGAAAUAAUAGCUGUUAAUAGUUGUACUGUCAAUGAGAUGUCAGUUUCUGAUUUUCUCCCAAGAUGAGC